AUGCCCGCCGCUGUCUUCGCCUCUUCCGUUCAGCGAUCUCUUCUCUCGUCUUCGCUGCGCCGUGUAGCUGUUAGUUCAUCCGCCGUCCGCCCUCUCCGAGCUUCCUUCGGUGCUAUCCAAACUAUCUCUCCCUUCGCCGUCCGCACAAUGGCUUCCCACCAGAAGAUCAAGGUCAAGAACCCCGUCGUCGAGCUCGACGGUGAUGAGAUGACCCGCAUCAUCUGGCAGGUCAUCAAGGAUAAGCUCAUCCUUCCCUACCUCGACAUCGACCUGAAGUACUAUGACCUUGGUCUUGAGUACCGUGAUGAGACCAACGACCAGGUCACCAUCGAUGCCGCCGAGGCUAUCAAGAAGUACUCCGUCGGUGUCAAGUGUGCAACCAUCACCCCCGAUGAGGCUCGUGUCGAGGAGUUCAAGCUGAAGCAGAUGUGGCUUUCCCCCAACGGAACCAUCCGAAAUGCCCUUGGUGGUACCGUCUUCCGUGAGCCCAUUGUCAUCCCCCGCAUUCCCCGUCUUGUUCCUGGCUGGAAGAAGCCCAUCAUCAUUGGCCGUCACGCCUUUGGUGACCAGUACCGCGCCAAGGACGCUGUCCUACCCGGCCCUGGUAAGCUCUCCAUGGUUUACACCCCCGAGGGUGGCCAGCCUCAAGAGAUUGAGGUCUUCCAGUUCAAGAACGGCGGCGGCGUCGCUCAGACCCAGUACAACACCGACGAGUCCAUCACCGGUUUCGCUCAUGCAUCCUUCAAGCUGGCUCUUGACAAGGAGCUCCCCCUCUACAUGAGCACCAAGAACACCAUCCUCAAGAAGUACGAUGGCCGAUUCAAGGAUAUCUUCCAGGAGAUCUACGAGUCCACCUACAAGAAGGACUUUGAGGCCAAGAAGAUCUGGUACGAGCACCGUCUCAUUGACGACAUGGUCGCCCAGAUGAUCAAGAGCUCCGGCGGCUACAUCAUGGCCCUCAAGAACUACGACGGUGAUGUCCAGUCCGACAUUGUCGCUCAAGGCUUCGGCUCUCUUGGUCUCAUGACCUCCGUUCUCAUCACCCCUGAUGGCAAGACUUUCGAGUCUGAGGCUGCCCACGGUACUGUCACUCGCCACUACCGUGAGCACCAGAAGGGCAACGAGACCUCCACCAAUCCCAUUGCCUCCAUCUUCGCCUGGACCCGUGGUCUCGUCCAGCGUGGCAAGCUCGACGACACCCCUGAGGUUGUCGCCUUUGCUGAGAGCCUUGAGCAGGCUUGCAUUGACACUGUCGAUAUUGACGGUAUCAUGACCAAGGAUCUUGCCCUUGCCACUGGCAAGUCUGAGCGCAAGGACUAUGUUACCACCAACGAGUACAUGGAUGCCGUUGAGCGCCGCCUCAAGCGAACUCUCAAGGAGAAGCUGUAA